AUGCCGGUCAAUACUGAUAGAACUAUAACAGCAAACAGACCAGAAAUUGUAAUUAAAGAUUCAGUGAAUUCCACUAGCAAACUGAUUGAUAUGACUCUUCCAUCAGAUAGAAACAUCGCUCUGAAGGAUAUGGAAAAGAAAAGUAAGUAAAAAGACCUAAAACUAGAAAUACAGAAAAUGUGGCAUAUGAAACCGUAGUGAUGCCUGUGCUUGUUGGUGCGCUUGGUACAAUAAAGAAGGGGAUGGAGGAAAACAUAAAGAAAGCAUCAGAAGCAGCUCCUGUGACAGAGAUUCAAAAGAUCUGCAUGCUGGGAUCUGCGCGAAUCCUCAGAAAGGUGCCUAGUGUAUGAACAGAAUGAUUGACUUGGGUGACUGAUGCCCAAGGUGCAUGGUUUGCGCCCGGCUGAUGCACAAAAAGAACACCAGCAAAGACUGUGAUAGAAGAGAUAAUAACGUUGGCAACAACAAUAAUAAUAAUAAUAAUAAUAAUAAUAAUAAAUGAUGUGAAUUCGGCAGUGUACAAUCCACAAAGUGGCUCUUCUCGUCGGCUGUUUCCAGGUCAAAUUGAAAUUUAGAGCGUUGGUUUUUGUGGAGGGGAGAAAACCGGAGGACCCGGUAAAAAACUCUAGGAGCAAGGACAAGAACCAAAAACAACUUCCACCAACAUGUGAAACCAGGUCUGGGAACUGAUCCCAGACCACAGCAAUGGGAGGCGCGCGUUCUCACCACUGCACCAUCCCUGUUUAUUGAUACCUCCACCGUAGAACAAGGUAAGGGAUGGGCCCCCUUCCACUCCAAGAUUUUCCAGGUGUUUCAUUAUGUUUCCAAUUGCUUCAAGAUAAAAGGAGAGCCUGUUGUGUUAUCUACAGGUUAAGAUAGAAAUUAUGGGUCACUGAAUUAUUGGCAAGCUUCCUUUAGGAUAAGAUUAAGACUUUGACAAAGGAACCAAAGACGCACAAAAACGUAUUAAUGUUCUUUAUUUGUCUUGACGUGUAGUGCUCAUGUCAUAUGAAGAAACCUAUCACUAUGAUGAAAAAAUAACUUGGAAAACCAAUGAUGUGCAGCGCUGAUUGGAAGUUUUCAUGAUAUGAUCGCGAAGAAUCGGUCAGCUUGCUACGGAUAUUGCUCAUUUCUUAGCGGCUUGUGCACAUUAUCCAGGGCUAAUAGAGCUGUCACUGAUAUGAAGGUGUUAUUAUCGAGUUAUUGUCAUCAGGAAUUUUAGGAAGAGCCCCAGAAAAGACGACGGAUUUCAUUUUGUGUUUGCUUCUUUGAAAUAAGGGUUAACGAAAAAGAAAGACGAAGCAGCUGAUAAUGUUUACCAGAAUAACAUUUUGUAUGUGCAAGAGACAAAACCUUUAUUUUUUAAGUUGUCUUUUUCGAAUUUCUCAUUCGUUUAUGUUUAAUUAAGUGAAUUUCUGCGCAGGAACUUCAUGUAAAUUGAGUUCUUGUAUUUUUUAUAUCGUUCUUGGCUCAUAUUUCGAUAUCAUCUUGUGACAAAUUCACGAUUCGGGAAGAAUUUCUAUCUAUAAAUUUAAGUAAUCCACAAUUUCUUUCGGAGAAUGAAAAGACUUAAUGAACUGUUUCUAUCUCCAAGUUGCUAUACCUGUAAACACCUUUACUAACUUCCUUUUAUUUACGGAGAAGGCAGAACCUUAGGGAUGCCCUCUCUUCUUCAAUUUUCUGUCUUUUAAUGUUAUUUUCUUUGUAAAUCUUUAUCUCUGAUUUAUCUUUAAUUUAACUCAUUCCUUAAACAUGUUCUAACUUUUAUAAUGCAAAUCUUGUGUUAAUUUCCGCAGAUCUUGAUCAGAAAUAUAGAAAAGCUUAACCUCCACAUCGGCCGAAAACACUCAAAAUGAGUUUUUGCAGCCGGUGUGGACACACGUGGAGGAACGGAGCAGCAAUACGCUUUUUGCGGACGACUACACCGAGGCAGGUUUGCUCAAACAACUUAGUUUAGGCUACAAAGCAAUUUUCGGGAAAGAAGAGGUAUCUCAGUUUUUCGAGCAAAUCCUGGGAGUAAAGAAUAAAAACAGGCUUGAUGUAAGGAGGCGUACUCAACUAUCUCACGGUGCAACUUGGGUGUACACAAGAGGAGAUAAGUCCGCUCGCCUGGUAUGAAAGUAAUCAAUGAGAAUUUAAUAGUUCAGCUGUAAUCAGUUGUAAGCCUUAUAUGCGGGAAAGAUGGAAAAGAAACAUGUCGGCAAGGCCUAGAUGGGAAACAACGUUUCAUUUCAUGAGACUUUAGCCAGCGAGUCGAUAUGUUUAAUAAGAAAGUCCUCCUUCAUCCCUCCAUCGACCCUUUUAGUGCUUAACCGGACAAUCGUUCUAUCUCCGGAUUUUAAGAUUUAAAAAUUUUCGUAAGAAUUAGAUAUGAGCUAUUGGAUCAAUUGGUGAAAUCAGAUGAAGCAGAAUUAAGUGUUAAGAAAAGAUAAAAUGAUAAAAUAAUGACAAUCCAAUGAACAAAAUUUUAUUAUAAUUUAACAAACGCUUUCGUAAGUCAUUCAGAAUCCAGGAGUUUCAGUUGUUUGUUACAGCCAGCCUGAACGCUUCUAUUCGACAUAUGCAAAGCUGAAAGAAAGGUGAGAGAGGGUGCAGUUACCGGAAUGAACUUAAGAGCUCACUACCAGGUUAACGCAGACGAAUAUAAAACCAGUUUUGAGAAGAGCCAUCCCGAAACCAAAUUUCCAAUGAUUUGUUCAACAAACUAUUAUUAAAGUCCCCUACAAGGGAGACCUUGAAAAUAUUUCGGACAUAA